AUGGACUCCAAGAUUUGCAUCGGAACGAGGUAUGUGCUGUGGACAGCGGAAAUGCCUUUCCUUGGCGACACGCACUUUUACUUGGUCCACCACAUCUUGUCCCUUUCAUCGGUGGGCCUUGCCGUAUUCAAAAGCGCAGAUUUGCGAAUCGUCUAUCUGAUCGGUGCCGGCCUCAUCACGGAACUGCUUUCCAGUUCUCGAGCCUUCAUCCGUGGGUCAGGUUUGCACCACGGCCACCCGAAGCUCUUCGCCCGCAUCACGAUCACCAAUGCCGCCGCGAUCCUGCUCCUUCGGACCUUGCCAUCGAUCUACCUGCUACAAGAGCUGUUCCGACCAGCACUUGCGACCGACCUGGGCCUGGCUCUCUUCUCCACACUAGCAUUUUACACCUGCUUCGUCACGUAUAUUGCCUACAAGCUAUUCGCCGGGCAGGGAUAUGUCUCGUUCCAGUCUGCUAGCCCGGCACAUUUCGUGUUCAAGAUUGGGGAAGAGACUAGUCAGGUUUCGGUCUACAGCUUGCUGCUAGGUGCUGCAAUGGCAUCUGCUCAGCUGUUGUCGGCUUCCCUGUACGAGUGGGCGAACAUUGAGACGCUCCCGCAAAGGGAGCUGUCUAGCUUGGCUGGCAUUGGCCUAGGAACCGUCAUCAGUGGUCUUUUUGGCGCCAAGUAUAUGAAUCGAUCGCUAUCAGUCUCGACCAGCCCGAGCAUGGAACAACAAAAGGCAACUUCGCCGUUGCCAGCAUCACCGGGCAUAUCGCGUCGAUUCUUCCCAGGCUUCAAAGGCAUAUCAAUUCAAGGUGCCAUUCUUUUUUCCGCCACUUGGUUGAAUCUUUGCCCGAUUUUGGGCUUCAAAGUGAACAGCAGGCUUCUUUUCUGCGCCGCUGGACUGAGCCUGCCUGCUGGUGAGGCAAUUGGACGCGUCGGCUGUUACUUUGCUGGGUGUUGUGGCUCCACGCGAAGAGAAAAGUACCCUGGCAUACAAUUGCUGUCGGCGACCUUAAAUAUGAUUGUUUUCAGCUCCGAGAUGCUGUAUCUCUCAAAUCAUGGCACUUCCAGGAUUGGCGAGGCUGGCUUGGCAGCAGUUCUAGGAAACGGCGCUGUGCGCUUCGUGCUUAAUCCGCUGAGAACCGACUCUGCCAGAAAUCCUUUCAGUCCUGCUAGUGCAUUUGCUUUGGCACAAAUUCUCCUUUCUUCAUCUCUGCUGGCGCUGGAGAAGGCUGAAGGUGGUAUGGAUCCUUAUACAUCCUUCCUCGCAACCAUUGGCGAGGCCGCCAGCAACAUUUUCAUGUGCCGUGCAGCCGCCUUCGCUUGGGAAAUAGCAGUAGCGCAACUUCAGAAACGCCAACUGUCCCGAUUCGCUCGAAUAGACAAUUUUGUGUACGCCUUUAGUGUUGCAAUCGUUCUGCUGAGCAUGAAUAGCAAUACAGGGGAUGAAGUGGCGCGUGCCGGGAAAUCGUUUGUUCAGAAGGAACCCUUGUUCGUCAUGUCAAGCCCUGCAUUAUUGGGCUCCGUAGCCGCUGCUGCAGGAUUUCCAAUCAUUCUUCUGAACUGA